AUGAGGAAUGCAUCUCUAAGAGCACGCAGAAUUGUCAGCAUGAACGACAGGGAGCUAGGUAGCUCAAAGAGCCCGGUUCAAGUAGAGGAAGCUCCUCCAGUCAUUUCAGCAGAGACUGGAACUGCAUAUCAGUCUGUCACACAACAAGAAGUCGUUCUUCAUGAAGCUUCUCAAGAUCAAUCUAGUGAUGCCAUUGACCUGCCAGCUAUCCCUCAGUACAGAGUGUUACUGCCUCCUAAUUUCAACUGGGGUGGUGUACCUGGAGCAGAUAUAAAAGAUCAGAUAGACCAAGCAUAUCGUGAAGUCGUUCAUUGGAAACGGAAUUUAUUUCAAGUGCCUUACGGAUCCUCUGGUGGACACUUCGUUUCUGAACUUACAAGGCUAUUUUAUGCAUUUGCAAAUGAAUCUGAUCUCGAGUCAGUCGCAAUAACUGCUGCUAUGCUCAUGCCUCAUCUGUUGCUCCAAAGACCUCACACUAGAUCCAGUGUACAACAGAACUCCUCUUGUUUAAGUCGUCGAUUGGAAACCUGGAAAAAGGGUGACAUAGGAGGUUUGAUUGCAGAAGGCAGAACGAUCCAGUCUCAUCUUCGAUGCCACAGUACUCGGAAUUGUCCUCAGGAUAGAGAGUGUGAUCAAUCAAGAAAAGUUGCACUUUUGUUGCAAAAGGGAAAUAUCAAUGCUGCCCAGCGACUCCUAUCAGAUGAGGACAACUGUGGUUUGCUAGAACUAGACGAAUGUAUUCCUGGCUCUCACAAGUCAGUUAGAGAUGUUCUGAAAGACAAACACCCUGACCCAGCUCCUAUGUUUAAGGAAGCUGUCCUGGACUCCAAAUCUCAGGCACCUCCUACACAUCCCAUUCUCUUCGACAAGAUUGAUGGCUAUCUCAUUCGUGCCAUGUCACUUAAAUGCCAGGGUGCUGCAGGUCCAUCAGGCUUAGAUGCGGCUGCAUGGAGGCGUUUGUGCACUGGAUUCAAAGUCUUGUCUAGAAAUCUCUGUGACUCAAUAGCUUCAACAACUCGCAGGAUUGCAACGCAGUUUAUCGACCCGAGUGGGAUUUCGGCUCUGGUUGCUUGCCGGCUAAUACCCCUGGACAAGAGACCUGGUGUCAGACCAAUUGGAGUUUGUGAAACACUUCGUAGAAUAAUUAGCAAGGCUGUCCUGAGUGUGGUAAAGUCAGAUAUUUUGAACGUAGCCGGACCCCUACAACUCUGUGCUGGUCAGAACGUCGGAUGCGAGGCUGCCAUACACGCUAUUCGAGGUAUUUAUGAUGAAGAUGAAACAGAGGCCGUGCUAUUUGUAGACGCAACCAAUGCUUUCAAUACUUUGAACCGUCAAGUUGCUCUGGCUAACAUAUCUGUCAACUGCCCAGCCAUCUUUCCAAUCUUGGCCAACACGUAUCGACAACCUUCUUCAUUGUUUGUAGGUGGAGAAACGUUGCUUUCUAGUGAAGGAACAACUCAAGGAGAUCCCUUAGCGAUGCCAAUGUAUGCUCUGGCCACAAUUCCACUUCUAAAGAGUGUGCAGACGAAUGGUACAAAGCAGGUAUGA